UCCGGGGUGGCCGAUCGUCUUGCUGCUUUUAGCUGCAAGAUGCAGCUAUGGAGAUAAAUUUGCAUCGCCCACCUCAUCUCGCUGGCAGUCCACGUCUGCUGCAUUGGAUUCCCACAAUACUCCACUCUUUAGACAUGAGGCUGUACCCUUUGAGACCAGGAGCUAUGGAAGGCCGGCUGCUGCUGAAGCAAUCACCCUGAUGUAUGCUAGCGGUCACAACCAAAGCUUGGAGCCGUCAGAACAAAGUAAUCUUCGGAAUUAUGCAUCGCCUUCCAACCACCAGUUGCCACACCUAACUUCUCGGGUUAACUUGCCAGCGUCUUCCUUGACCAAGAGAAUGGGGCUGUCCACUUUACCAGUCUAUAGAGUUGAUGUCAGUGAACUGCCGACAUUACAGGAAGUUCAAAGCCAGAAUAUUCACUUUGUGCCCAACAGUUUUGGGCAUUCAAAUGUUUUGAGUCAUAGUGCAUCUUUAGCAAGACCAGGCAAUAGCGAUCGGACUUUAAUUUCUCCAAUUUCUUUAGGUAUGCCUUUUCCUUCACAUUUUUCUCCUACAUCAAGGCAUGUAUCAGCAUCAAACGUUGACGGAAUACAAAAUCCAGUGCAUUUCUUUCCUUCAAUGUCCACAUUCCGCCAAGAAGAUAUUCCCUCUGUAAGUUUAUCGACAUUGUUUCCCAGAAGUGACUCAUUCUUGCCGAGAAAUACUGCUGUGUUGCCACAACAAUUUCUCCAUGAUAAUUCUUUCGCUCGAGAAAAUAUCUUCCACACCGCUGAUAAAGUUGUAUCUCCUCAAGACGAGAAUCAUGAAGCUUCCAACGGAACACAUCUUCAGGAAUUUUCCGUUACUAAUAAGAUGCCAACCAUUAUCAAUCAUAUCCACAUUAUCAGCAAGAAAAGAGAACCUAAACCCGUGAAAGAUUCGAGAAAAAUUAACGACUUCAGCCAAAACCUCUACGAUGAUUACUACGAAGACGCUUACCCCGACUAUUCAUUCUAUGAUGAGAAUUUUUGGCAAGAACAGAAGACGUUGUCGAAAAGAUCAGACAGAGAAAGAUUAACUCAAGAAUCUCUUGCUUCCUCGUCGUCCGUGCCAUACGAACAGCUUACGAAUGUAGCGACAGCUCGAUCCCUGUCGCUUCCACAUACUGACUUGCCGACUAAUGCUCCAGAGGCUAGAUUGAAGUCAGAAGAAAAGGAACUGCUUCUUAUGGCAUUGUCUGAGAAAAUUACCCCUCAGUACAGGUAUAAAAUAAUGUCACCAGGUAAUAAACAUGGACCUGAACUUGAAAAAAGUAGCACAGCCACUGCCAUAAAUGGUUUGUUACAGGCUGUUGCCAGUUUUUUCGGUCAGAAUGACGACACAAAAGAAAUGAAGAAGGUUGAAAGGCCCAAAAAUAAUAAGAUCACAUAUCGAGAUCGCUUCGAGGAGUUCAUUAGUAACAUGGAUGACGACACCUUCAACGCUAUACUCAGAGACGAAGCUAAAACCAAUCACAGUGAAGUGACUUCAAGAGAAAAACUCUCAGUCAAAUCAGAACAGGACAGCAAAAAUUUUGAAGAAAUAGCUAACGAUCUUGCUCGUAACUUUGUUUCUGCGCUGCUCGAAAAUUACCGCGCAAUUGUCAAUCCUGGAAAUCUUUCCGCACCCGUUCAAAAUGAUCGAGUUGAUAUACCGCUCGAAGAUACAGAAAAUGAAAGCAACACAGAUUAUGUUGAUAUGGGAUGGAGAUACUUCGUUGACAGUAUGAAUGAGUUAAGUGAAAGAUAUUCAGGCAGGACUAGGGAGUGGGCAGAUUACAUGGGUGACGUGAUGACGGAAAGUUUGUCGCAGGCGUUUGCCAGUCCAAGUGUAGACAUCGAGAGUUACCUUCCUGUACACGACAUGAAUGAAAUAGAUCGGCAUUUUGUUGAAGGGAAUAAUGGAGGUUAUGGAGGUGGUGGAGGACAUGAAGACGCUGGAGGAUAUGGAGGAAGUGGGGGAUAUGGAGGAGGUGGAGGGUAUGGUGGCGGUCGAGGGCAUGGAGGCAGUGUAGGAUAUGGAGACGGUAGAAGAAAUGGAGGCAGUGCAACAUAUGGAGACGGUGGAGGACAUGGAGGCGGUGGAAGGCAGGGAAGCACAGGAGGGUAUGGAGGCAGUGGAGGAAAUGGAGGUGGUGGAGGCGGUGGAGAGUAUGUAGGAGGUGGAGGACCUGGAGGUGGUGAAAUGUAUGGAGGAGGCGGAGAACAUGGAGGCGGUGAAAGACGUGGAGGCGGUGGGGGACAUGGAGGUGGUAGAGGGUAUGGAGGCCCUGGAGGGCAUGGAGGCGGUGGAGGAUAUGGAGGCAGUAGUGGAUAUGGAAGCGGUGGAGGAUAUGACGGCGCUGGAGGAAGUGGUGCAGGUCCUGUAGGCCGAGGUGGCUACGGCAGUGGAGGCGGUUACCGCCAAGCAGGCGGAGGGUAUGGCGGCGGUAUCGGUGAUGGCUAUGGUGGGGGAGAUGGUGGAAAAGGCCAUGGAAAAGAAAAAGGCAAAGGCUUCAGUAAAGGCGGCGGAGGAAGUCAUGGGAUAAGCUUUCAGUUGGGAUACGACGGUAACAUUGACGAUAUUUUUCAUGAAUUUGGAGGGUUAGGAGGAGGAAAGGACAAAGGCAAAGGAGACAAAUUUGGAGGACACGGCGGUGGUUUUGGAAACUCCUUCAGCGGAGCAGGAGGAUCUUAUGGUGGAGGAGGACAUUACGGACAGGACUGCGUUGGAUAUGGUUGUCCAGGUGGAUUCAACAAAAUACAUUUAAAUCCAUUCAAGCUUAUCAAAAGUAUGAUCAAAACUAAGCUGGCAGCAUUUGCUGAUGCCCACAGUCAGCUCUUCAGCUACUUGGGUUGGAUCGCUCAUCUCAAAGCAGAAAAAUGGCGAAAGAAAAUCCUGAACUACGGGUAUGGCUAUACUAGACCAAGUGGGUACGACACAGAUGGAAAGAAAGGAGAUUUCGGUGGAGGGAAAGGGAAGGGAGGCGGCAAAGAUGGAUCAAAGGAUGUCAGUUUUCUGGUUACAUAUGGUGCGAAUAAAAAUAAAAAUGUUGGAUUUGGUGGAGGCAGCAAUGGGUAUGGAGGAGGGAGUAAUUUCGAUGGGAAUGGAUAUGGGAAUGGCUUAGGUGGUAGUGGGCACCGCGGUGGUGGUAUUCGGGGUGGAGUUGGUGGUGGAUACAGUGGAGUUGGAAGUUAUGGUGGACAUAGCGGAGGAGGAAGCGGAGGUGGAUACGGAAGCGGAACUUAUGGUGGACAAAGUGGUGGUGGAUAUAAUGGCGGGGGAAACGGUGGUGGAUACGGUGGAGGAUUCCGCGAUUUUGGUUCAGGGAAAGGGAUUGCAGGAGGGAAAGGUAAGAGUAGUGGAAAGGGAGGAAGUAAAGAUGGUUCGAAGGAUAUCAACUUCAUGGUGAGUUUUGGCGCAAAUAAAAAUAAAAAUGCUGAAUUUAGUGGAGGUAGUGAUGGAUAUGGAGGAGAAAGUAAUAUCGGAGGGGAUGGAUAUGGGAAGGGCUUCGGUGGAAGUGGGUACCGUGGCGGUGGUAUUCAGGGUGGUGUUGGUAGUGGCUACAGGGCAGGUGGACAUGGUAUUGGAGAAGGCGGAGGUGGAUAUGGGAGAGGAGUAAGUGGUGGUGGAGGAUAUGACGGAGGUGGAAGUGGAAGUUACGGCGGACAGAGUGGUGGCGGGAGUGGAGGUGGUUAUGGUUCAGGUGGAAGUGGUGGUUAUGGUUCAGGUGGAGGUGGUGGUGGUUAUGGUUCAGGUGGAAGUGGUGGUGGUUAUGGUUCAGGUGGAAGUGGUGGUGGAGCAGAUAGAAAUGAAUUUUUGAUUGUCAAUGAAUAA